AUGGCAAAUAAGUUCAGUUGGAAGAUUAAAGAUGAGAACCCUUCGCUUAUAGAUGAGUCUAGCCUAUUUUUUGAUAUUAGCAAUGAUAUUCAAUCAUUCUUACAAACCCCAAAAGUUUCAAUCACAGGCAGAAAAAUUCUUUCACAAACAAAAAUUGAAAAAUCAAUUGGGAAAGAACCAGAAAAUUUGCCAAAAAAUAAGAUAGUAUCAAGAAAUUCAAGCAAAAAUUGUAAAAUUUUUCUAUUGAAUUAUAUUAAAAUUUAAUUUUAAAUUAAAAAUAUGAAGCUUAUGUACAGUAGAAUAAAGUUUCACUGAAAAAUAAAUCAGGCUCCCAAUCGAUUUCUAAAAAGCUGAAAAAGCCAAGCAAUUUCCUAGUCAAAAAGGAAUUAAAUAGCCACAAAUCAAGUUUAUCAUAUAGUCAGCCCAUAAAUUUCAAAGAACAAAAUGCAAUGCCUGAAAAAGAAAUUUCCAAAAAACCAAAAAAGCCAAAAAACUCAUCAAAAAAACCUCCACUGACAGUAGAAAAGCUUGUAAGCCAAACUCUUAAAAAGGCGAAAGCAAAUAGAAUCCAGAAAGAAAAAGAAGAAGCAGAGCUUAAAGACUUUUUCGACAAAAGAAAAGAAGAAUUGAGUUACCAAAACAGCCAAAUUAGAAUGGAUAAUUUAUAGUCUCCUAAUCUGUAUUAAAAUUUAUAUUUAUUUCUCCAAAUUAAAAAUAAAAAUCAAUUUAAUAAAAAAUAUUAAAAUUCAAGCAAAAAAAAUUCAAGCCAAAAAAUGCUUGGAAAGGGUCAGGAAGAGUGCUCAGCUGUGAUAUAGAGCGAAGAAUAAAAGAGAUUUCUACUAAGACUAGAACUAAUUCUGCUGAUAAAGCAAAAUUUCGGCUUGAAAAGCUAAAUGAUGAUAUUUGCUAUUGCAAAAGCUUGAAUUCUACUCAAGAAAUCAUCUUAUCAAAGCGAUCAGAUGUUACAAAAUCAGCUAGAUCAACCAUAAAAAGUAAAAAUGAGCUGAAAAAAGAGCUAAAAGAGCUUGAUUUAUUAAGGGUAAAAGCUGAAAAUAUCAAAAGGUUAGCAAGUGCUAGGAAAUCUGAGCUAAUAAGUCAAUAUGAAAGCAAAAGCAAUAGGACCUCAAAAGGGUCAAAAUCCAAGAAAUCCCAUAGAAAAAGUGAAAAUUUAACCGAAAAUAAACUGAGUGAUAUAAUUCCUGAUAUAAAAAUAGAUAUUUCUCCUAUAUCCCAGACCACAGAUACAGAUUUUCCAUUCAAUAGCACAAAUUAUUCAUCAAUGCAAAAACAACUAAUAAAUGAGCAAAAAUCCCUAGUCAAUAUCCAGUCAGCCGUAAGAGGAUACUUGGCAAGAAAAAAUAAAAAAUUAAAUGAAGACGAAAUAAAUAAAAAAACACAAGAAAAAAUAAAAGAAAAUUUCAUUAUAGACAUAAGUGAAAAUACCAUUAUAUCAAAGCCGAUAAUAGAAGAAAAGGCAGCAGUUAUAGAUGAUAAAGAAAUAAGUAUAGAAAUUAUUGACGAUGUGCCAAAAGAAAUAAUAAAAAACGAAAAAUUGCCAACAAGCAUCACUCCAAUAAAAGAAAUUCAAAACAUCUCUUCAAUUAGCUGCGAAAAUAAACAAAAAGACCCAGAAUAUCGCAAAGUCCUUAAAGAGCAGCUUAUAUGGCAAGAAACAAACUUAGAAAUCCUUGACACUCUUCGUCAGCAAGAGCUUCUUUCUUUACGACAAUUAACGCAAAGAACUUAUAAUGCUGAAUCCUUAGAAAGUCUUUUAAAAGAAGUGAUAAACCGCACAUAUCUAAAAGUUGAAAAUAUUUUAGAAAAAUCUAUACCAUAAGUAUAGCUCAUAAUUUAUAAUAUAAAAAAAAAUUUUUUUUGCAAUCAUUUUCAUAAUGGGGAUACUAUUGAUAUUCAAUCUGCCCUACUUGAAGAUUUGUCAUAUAAUGAAGAGCAAGAGCUAGAAAAAGAACUUGAUGAAGAAUUAUCUAAAACCAAAAAUGAGCUAUUAGAAGCCUUUUUAUAUGAAGAUGAAAAAGAUUUUAUAUUGAUGCCAGAAGAAGAUAGGCCAAAAUUAGUUGCCAAUAUUAGUCAAGUAGAAAUGCCGAAAGAGAAAAAACUUAAAUUUUUAGAAAAUAAUAAGUCAAUCAAAACAAAGCUCAAUUUAUCAAAACAAUGGUCACCGAUCCAAAGCCCAGAAAGCAAAAAUAUUGAUUCUAUUGAAUUUCCUGAAGCAAUAAUAACACCAAAAAAGCCUGAUGGAAAGCCACAAGAUUUGCAUGUGGUUACUGUUACCUUUGAUUCUCCGUUAUACAAAACACCACCAAAAUUUGCACUAUUGCCUGAAAUUCCUCCAUUUAACCCAAAUAAGCGAAAACAAAGCCCGGAAAAGCCAAUAAAGACUGAGGAUUCAUUAGAAAAAAAUUUAGUUAAAGAAUGCCCAAUGCCACCUCCAAGACUUGUGUGUUUUGAAUUUGAUAAAGUUGACAGUCCUACUAAUACUCCUGAUUUAAUUCCAGUUCGGCCUAGUGCUCCUUUACAAGGCUAUGACAGCAGUGAUGACGAUAUAACCCCUACAACUCCUGCAAAUGGGUUUCCAAAAUCUCCAGAUAUAGCGUCUGCACCGCUAUGGAUUGCCUUGGUGAGGAUUCUCCGCAGCAGCUUGGACUCUGGUGAAUCACCUAAAGGUGGCAAGUCAACACUAAGGUGACAAGCCAACACCAAGUUGACAAAAGCGCCCACUUUUGCAAGGAUUUGUCAACUUGGAGUUGACUUGCCACCUUUAGGUGACUCGCCUGAGCUCCAAGUUGCUGCGGAGAACCCUCGCCAAGGCAAUCCAUAGCGGUGCAGACGCUAUAAGGAUAAUAACUUUGAACAAAUAAUGAUUGAAAAAGUCAUUGAAGAAAUUUAUUUACCCCUUUAUUUAAAAAAUAUUUUUAUUAAAAUCCUAAAAAACAUUAUAUUUUCGGAAAAAUCAGCUGAUUUAGUAGUUUUCCAAGAUUUACUAGAUUUUCAUAAUAAAGAAAGCCGAGCUAUUCCUUUAUUAGACUUAAUAAAAGUCUCUGACCUGCCUCUACCGUCAAUUUCAUCCUCAACUGAGCAUCUUACACAAAUAAACAAUGAAGCAUUAUGCAAAUAUUUAGCUGAGCUUUUUAAUGCAAUUAAAAAUUCUCCUAGAGAUAUUUUAAAUUCUUUAAAAAGUCCAUUAAAAAGAAACCCACUUGCGAUGCUUGCAAAAAUGCAGGAUACUGAAAUAGGGACUUUUAUUGAGCUUGAAAAAAUUCCUAAUACGUCAAUAUUAGAUUUAGGGAUGUAUAUAAGAAUUGAACAAAAUAGAGGAGAAAUCUCUGCGAGAGCAAAUUUGUCGCCUCAUAUUUUGCAUGUGAUAACAGAGUCAGAGCAUAUUCAUAAUCGAAUGAUUUUUGAUAAUGUAAAUGAAUUAUUACAAAAUUAUAGACCAUAUGGAACAAACUGUUUUCCUAUGCCAUGGAGCAAUACAAAUAGAUACACAAAGUACCCAGAUGUUAAUAUAGAAAAUAUUUUCAAAGAAAUCACAAGCAAAAUUGUUGAUUUUUCACAAUCCGGGAUUGGCACAGUACCAAAAGAUCAUAUGGUAAUGUCUAAUGGAAUGGUAGAUGAGGUACUUUUGCAGCAAGACAGAGAAGAAAAACUAGGAGUUGUGCUUGCUGAAGAUAUUUUAGAAAAAGAUCAGAUAUGGGCUAAUUACGAGUUCGAAGAAACACAGCUGAAGUUGGACCUAGGAGAUAUCGUAUUAGAGCAUUUACUAGCUCCCCCUUUCAAAUUGAAGCAAAAACUCCUUGCUCCAAUUUAAAGGGGCUAAUUUUUUUUAAAAAAAAAAUAAAUCGAGCACAAUACUUUUUUUUUAAUUUAUUUUUAUGGAAAAAUUAACCGAUUCUGUGCGAAAAAUGCUUAUAUAGCAUUAUAAUCACUUUUUCAUAAAAUUUUUAAAUUCUGCAAAAAUGCAAAUUUUACUGAUAUUGCUCCAAUUUAAAAUUGGGAGUGACUGAAACUAUUGAUAUUUUAAACAAAUUAUAA